CACGCAAGAUGGACAUGAUGGAUAUGACUAAUUUAUUGAACCCUACUUCCCAACAAAAUGGGGCCCUUGCACAGGCAAUGGCGUCUUUAGGCGGAAUGAAUGGGGAUUCAUCCAGCAAGAUGAUGAAGCUAUUAAUGGAUGGAUGAAGACGUUGGUUGCCAUGGCGCACCAUUUCACAAGCGAGAUUUCGAACAAAUGAGCGUGCAACUCUGCCGCAAUAACGGUGCGAUAAAUAAUUCCAAAAUGACGCAUGCCAGUUAUGGAUCUAGUACAACCACGUCAUGUCAGCCUGGUUACAUUCUGGCAUGCCGACGAUCAAAAGUCGUGCUCAACCCGAUGCGAGUUGUACCGUGGAUCAGUUGGGGCCAGUUAUCGAGGGGCCCGGUGCCAAGAAACAGGUCAAGCCUUACCAGUUGCCGAAGUUAUCAUCGACACAGCAGGAAACGAUCGCACGGGCGAGGAAGUAUGCAAUGGAACAAAGUAUCAAGAGUGUGUUGGUGAAGCAGACGAUUGCACACCAGCAGCAGCAAAUGUUGAACUUCCAAAACACGGUUCAGAGACAACAAGCUUUGGCACUCAUGUGCAGGAUUUAUGUUGGAAGCAUCAACUUUGAGAUUAAGGAGGACACGAUCAAACAAGCAUUCAUCCCGUUCGGCCCGAUAAAGAGUGUCAACUUAUCGUGGGAUCCUAACACAAACAAACAUAAAGGAUUUGCAUUUAUUGAGUACGAGCUUCCCGAGGCUGCCCAACUUGCUCUUGACCAGAUGAACGGCGUCAUGAUAGGAGGGAGGAAUAUUAAGGUUGGCCGUCCAAGCAAUAUGCCCCAAGCUCAGCCCAUCAUUGAACAGCUAGCGGUGGAAGCAAAGAACUUUAACAGGAUCUAUGUGUCAUCGAUUCAUCAUGAUCUCACAGAAACGGACAUACAGAGUGUUUUCGAAGCGUUUGGAAAAAUCACAUCGUGUGGUCUGGCGCAAGAUGCAUCAAAGCCUGGUAAACACAAGGGGUAUGGCUUCAUUGAGUACGACACUCCACAAGCUUCUCUUGACGCUGUCUCCUCCAUGAACUUGUUUGAUCUUGGUGGCCAGUACCUACGAGUUGGAAAGUGUAUCACGCCUCCAAAUGCUGGCCAGGCUCCUUCCGGCCCAGGUAGUAUGCCCACUGCUGCUGCAGUGGCUGCGGCAGCCGUCACCGCCAAGAUAACAGCAAUGGAUGCUGUGGCAAAUGUUGGUUCAUCCAACGAAACUGUCAAAAUGCCAAGUAAAUCUUCUUCACCUGUGAUACCCCCACCACCCCCACCUGUGCCGGUGGCCACCAAAUCGGCAACAAGCAGCCCGAAGCUGGGUGCCAUACCUCCUCCAGGUGUUGUAGAUAUCAAGUCGCUGGGUCCACCUGGAGUGGCCACACCGAGCACCAUCGGUGCGCCAGGAGUUGUUGUGCCUACAGUGUUAGGAGCACCAGGGGUCGUUACGCCCCAAUUAGGAGCCAUAUCGCAGCCAAUUCCAGUGUCUGCCAUUCCCCCGCCCCCCACGCCUGAACCUACCAAGGCCGAGAAACGUAAGAAAGAGCGAGAAGAGGAUGCUGCCCAAUCACUCGAUCAGCAGGAGAAUAUGAAGAUCAGUGGAAGUAAUGCUCGCCAUAUGGUCAUGCAGAAACUCAUGAGAAAGUCGAUGACGAAUCGGGUCAUGGUGCUAAGAAAUAUGGUUGGACCUGAAGAUCUAGAUGAUGAAUUAGAAACUGAAGUGACAGAGGAGUGUGGCAAGUUUGGAAACGUUGAACGGGUCAUCAUUUAUCAAGAAAAACAAGGAGAAGAAGAAGAUGCAGAAAUUAUCGUUAAAAUAUUUGUGGAAUUCACCGUCGAAAGAUCUGUUCAACUGGCCUGCAAUGCUCUAAACGGGCGGUUUUUUGGUGGAAGAAUUGUUCGGGCGGAGACAUAUGACGUGGACAUGUAUGAAGCAAACGACCUAUCAGGAUGAGCCAGUGUCAUCAAGCUGUAAAAAACUGUGAAAUCUUGUUAAAAACUGCCAAUAUGUACAAAUAUGAAUUGUUGUGCUUGGCUGGAGUUGUCCUCAAUGCAUCCCUUCCUGCAGUGUAUGUAUUGUGUUGUAGGGGGAACUCGGUGGCCUGGUGCAGUCAGUGUUCUCAGAUUUAUGUCAUCUCUAUGGUGGAAUCAGUGACUAUGAAAGUAGCUCGCACCACUUCCACAGAUGAACCACUUCCUAACGUUUGAGGCAGGCCAUGCUGUACAUAAUUGAAUAGUCUUACAUGACCGACAUUGUCCAAGUAUAACAACCAUCCCUUUUUGAGAUGUGUAUACUAUGUUGUUGAAAGGCCCAGCACCCAUGGGUGAGAGAUUGUUUCUCUGAGUAUCUUCUCUGCCAGUCGAGGGCUUUGUCCACAGAGCUUGGUAUCGUCACUGGUUUGGCUGAUGCACUGCAAUGUUUGACGCUGGCCAUACUGUACAUAAUGCAUACUUUGUCAUCGUUGUCUUGAUAUACAACCCAUUCGUUUCGGUGGCUGCUCGAAUCUCCUCUGUCACAGGUAGAUUUGGGACUGGGUCCUUGCUGAAGUUCAGUUUGAACUGCCCUCUCUACAGGGUAAUUUCAUGUCAAUUUUAUAUUGUAUUCUAGUAGUGGUCACAAACCUUUACCAAGUGAGGUUGGUGAGCUGGUGACAGAUGUUGCAGUGGGAGGUGUCCAGCAGUCAGUGGUUGUUUUCUUGGACAAGUGAAAGUUGGCUUGUUUGAACAACGAGACUGCUGUGACGACGCUCCCUCAUUUUGGGUCCAUCAUUCUGUUCUGGGAGUAGGAUCCUUUCUUUAUGGUAUUGGAUCUUCUGGUCUCUGCUGAUUGCAGCCUCCUCACUUGUUCAUGAAUUGAUGUCUGUGACCUCCAACAUGACUGGCACUGAUUUUGAAAUACCAUGAAAUUGUGUUGCAUGUUAUUUCCUUGAAAAAUGGUUUUUUUCUCAACCUUGGAGGAUUUUACCGGAUACUGGUUUUCAGAUAUUUAUUGGAUCUUGUGAUGUUGUCACUUCAUGUACAUACUUGGUAAUAAGCAAUACAUUUUAAUGCAAUUUUCAUUUUAAAUUUGAAUGGUCAGUGAUUUUAGUGCUUAAAUUUGUCAAAUUUUAAAAAUAGUAUUGGAAUUAAUCAAAAUAUUUCUUCAAUACUUGUAAUCCAUUUGGACUAAUGAAGGGCACUUGCAAAUGAACUGAAAAGUACUAAUAUUACUAUUAUCAAUAGAGAGGAGGUUUCUGGACCUGGUGUUUCUGUAGUUCUAAUGGUUUAAUCAUAUUGUCAGGACUAAUAUCUCCGUGGUUGAUGCUAUCUGUAACACAGUGUUGUAAAUCUGGAUAUGAGAACUCCAUGAUGACAAAGUCGAGGAUUUGUGGUUUCACCUUACACAGGUUAUCUCCUGUCCCCAUUCCCCAUUAAUGUUGUGAAUUCUAAAACACCUUUAUUACAAUGUUAAGUACAUGAGGCCUCGUUCUGACCGCAGUGGUUUUUGGUGUCACAGCCAGUACAGCUUGGGUUGUUCUAGAAUCUUAACCUGUUUAUGAAUUGAAUACAAAUGACUUCACAUCUCAAGGUGUUUUUGAAUGAAAAUUGCUAGCAAACUGGAGGUUUUUAGUUGUCUCACCAAAUGCUGUGCGAGAAGAGCUGUCAUUGGCUGAAACCCUCACCAAAAUGUCUUGGGUUUGGCUCACAUUAUGACUGCACAUCUGUGGUGUUCGGUGAGACAAUAUAUAAUGCCAUUUUGGUAUAAAAAAAAUCAUGUUCGUGGAUAUGAUUUGAUUGACAUUGAAUGUUAUGAAACUUGUAUGAUGUGUGUAGAUAAACGCUAUUUUGUAUUUAUACAACUUUGUUGUUUUCUAUGU